GACUCAACUCUCCCUUAGUUUAGACGCUUUGCACAGAAACAAAUCUCUAGAAUCCAGUUGUACUGGGAAGCAAGCAGACUCGGAGGAAGUUUAACAAGCAGCGCUGCGACGCAAUCUUUUUAAAUAAUAAUUUGUUGCUGCAAGAUUCAACUAAGUUGAAUUCACAAUUAAUAACCGGCAUCUGAAUUUAACAUAUUGCGCGAACUCUGAUCAUUGUAUUGAAAUCUUCUGGACAAAGAAAACAUGGAAAUCGCAACUUUGUUGAACCUUGGCUGUUUUGUUUUGUUCUUUUUAUUCUCUCAGAAUGGGAAAGCCUCAGGUAAUAGCCAGCUACCUGUUGCCACAAAGGUCUGGUGGACAUCUAUAAAUUUCAAGACCAUACUGGAGUGGGAGCCCAAGCCUUCAGGGUAUGCCUACACUGUGGAAUUCUUUGGGAAAAAGACUGAUGUUCAGAAGAGCCCCCGCUGCAUAAAGAUUCAGACAACUGAAUGUGAUUUGACCAGUUUCCUGUUGAAUUUGACAGACUCAUAUACAGCACAUGUUAUCUCGGAACCCAUGGAGACUGUCGAUAAGACUGAGGAGUACCCCUACGCGCGAUCAGACAAGUUCACACCCUACAAAGACACAAAAAUUGGGCAACCUACUUUUAAGAUUGAAGAAAACAAAGCAAAGGACAAUAUUAAGUUGCUGAUAAAAGCCCCCCUCUCCAGCAUCAGAGGCCCCAAUAACACAUUUCUGAGUAUAGAGGAAAUCUUCAAAAAGGACUUAGAAUACAUAACAUAUUACAGAAAGGCUUCCAGCACAGGCAAGAAAGAAGCUAGGUCAAAGACCAAUGAGAUUGAUGUGUCAGUGGAUCGAGGGGAAAGUUACUGCUUCACUGUGCUCAUUGUUAUUCCAUCACGGAGAGACGAUAACCAGCAAAGCCAGGAAUCAACGACACACUGCUCACACUCUGAGAAGUCCUUUUUUGAAGAAUAUGGGACUGGUGUGCUGGCUGGUCUUAUACUUGCACCAGUUCUUCUAUUAGUUGUCAUCAUCACGUUUGUGUGCUGCUGCAGGCGAAAGAAGAAUGCUAAUGAGGUGAACAGUCCUGAUGGAGUGCCUUUGAAAGGUGUUUAAGAGUCAAUCAUUGCCCCUGGAUUGUGAUUUAAAGAGGUAAAAAAAAUACAGGGUCCAGUCAGGCUAAGAGACAACAAAAGUUAUUGGGAGUGAUAGGAGGUUUCAACAUGCUUUCAAAGGGUUUUGUCCUUCUGUUGACUAGAAAACUUGUUUCUGUGAAACACUGAAGAGAUAUAAUUUUUGCUUAUUUUUUUAUAUUCUGUAUUACACUACACUAUGGUACUAAAACUAGCUGGGAACAAGUAAGACAGUAACUAAUAGAAAUGCUCUUUUUCUAUUAAUUUGUAUUAUUGUAUCUUCUUUCAAACUGAGUCUUUCAAAAUGCACAGCCGGACCAAUUGUAACUUGGGAACACUAAAUCUGCUGCAAAUGUGAUCAUUUAUAUAUGGUUUGUGGGAUGUCUAUUUAUACCUCUAGAAUUGUAAUAUAGUUGGUCUGUAUAUCUGGUGUUGUUUUUCUAACUUAUUUAUAUUUUUUAUAAUAAAGGUUUGUGAUCUAAA